CCCACCUUCCUCCACAAACCUCCACAACUUUGUGACAUGUCUCUCCCGUUCUUCCACUCACUCUUCCGAGCCCUCACGUCCAGGUGGCCGGUGUUUCUCUAUGCGGCCACCUGGACGCUUUUUCUGACGGUGACAGUGGCCGUGGCUUCUUUCUCUCCUGAGAUUGCGUUCGUCACAGCCAUAUCUCCCUCCUCGCCCUUCUCCAAGUCUUGUGCUGGAGAGGGGUUUGUUAGAAUACCCUUGGAUUAUCCAAGAGAGGCAAUGUGCUUCCCGGCUAACAUGGUUCGGAGGUCCAACUUGGAUUUCUUUGUGCCUACGGUGUUUGCAGCUUUGAUUGUGGCGGGUUCGGCUUUUGUGGUGCGGUCCUUGGCCUUGUGGGAGGGGACAGAGAGACGCAGAGAGGUUGAUGAUGGCUUGAUGUUGUUCUCUAGAAACUAAUAUAAAGUUUCAUGUAAUUCUUUUUUAGAUGCUUCAAUAGCUCAAUGUUUUUUACUUUAAGUGGGUUAUUUGCUUGGAUUACAUUUCAGAUUAUAUCCAUAGUUAACUUGUUGAGUUUGUGGCGAAUUUUAGUAGAAUAUUAGGCAUCCCUUCUUUA